CAGAAGGACCGCAGCUAGCCGACGGCAAGCGUGCUUGAAGAAGAAAAGUCGUUUUUCUUUUUUUGGAAUUGUAACGAACAAAAAGAGUGCUCGUCCUCGUUCCCGUUUACUUCUGACUUUCGACUCCAACACUUUAUCACUUUUUAAAAGAAGAACGGAGCUGAAACGUUGUUUAUUAACAUGAAGAGGAAAGUUGCGCAGAGCAGCUGCAGCACGGAGGCGUCCUCCGACUACCAAGUGGGUCAGGUGUCGGGCAGUUUGCUCCAGAACAGUUGUGCGGCUUCUGGCUCGCUUUCGGCUCUCUUCGGCACCACCGCGCCGACAGUAAGCGGCGCCCUCUUUAAACCCGCCCCGCAGCUUCCACAGCUCGGCGAGCGGUCGGAAGCUCCAGAGGUCAAAGUUGAAGCUGGCGAGAAGCAGAAACGGAAGAAAAAGCCCAAGGUGAAAACGGAAGCUGAGCAGAAGCUGGAGAACAGGGAGGUCAGCCUGCAGAACGCAGACGAAGAUGAGAGAGCACCGGCCAAUAAGAAGCGCGGCGCGUGGGAGGCGGGGCUCGAGAAGGGGGCGGAGCAUUGGGUUCUCAAGAGGCAGCGGAGGCGGCAGGAAAAGCAGGAAGAACAAACCAAGAACCGGAGGACGGCCUUCGUGGGAAAUCUGCCCAUCAACUGCACCAAGAAGGCGCUGCUCGGCAUGUUCCGGGCCGACGGCACCAUCGAGUCGAUCCGGUUCCGCUCCAUGGUGCGAGAGGAUCCGGCUAUGUCGCGCAGAGUCGCUGCCAUCAAGCGCCAAGGUCACCCGCUGAAGCAGAGCAUCAACGCCUACGUUGUCUUCAAGGAGCCACAAGGGGUCGCCAAAGCACUGCGGAGGAACGGCAUGGCGAUCGAGAAGGAUUUCAUCAUCCGCGUGGACAGAGUGAGCGCCGAGAGGGCGAAAAGCCACGACCACAAGCGCUCCGUGUUCGUGGGGAACCUCGACUUCGAGCUGAAAGAGUUGGCGUUGCGGCGACACUUCGAGGAAUGCGGCGUCGUGGAGGCCGUCCGACUGGUGCGCGACCGCAAUACGGGACUGGGAAAAGGCUUCGGUUACGUCCUCUUUGAGAGUAUCGACGCGGUCCAGCUGGCGCUGAAGCUGGAGGGCUCGAAGCUGGAGGGUCGGCCCGUUAGGGUGAAACGGUCCACCGAGAAGGAGCGGAGGAGCGCCGCCCCGAGGAGAACGGCAGCCGCGGGGAACCAGGGCAAAGGUCACCGCUCGACAAACUUCAAAGGCGAGGUGGCCCGCCCCAAUCAAAAAAACAAAAAGAAAACUACCAAGAAGAAGGUGAAGAAGAGCAGGAAAAACGUCCACAUAUGACUCGGAACUGUGUCGAAGUGAAAUGAGGAGCGUCGAUUUUCAAAAGUCUUUUGCUGCCAUCCUUUUGAGGGGCACCGAUUACUGUCGUUACCAUUAGUGACAAGGACAUUUUUGAUUUUGCCGUCACAUAGUUUGCAAAUCAAAAUAAUUGUCACGUUUUACUUGCCCAAUAAAAUCCGAUCAAACGCGCGCGCACUCGUGUUGUCCAGUCAAUGUCGGUGUGUGUCGUUAGCGUGGCAACGCACAGAGUUAACAAAAGACGUCUCGUGCGCUUCAGUGUUCCCAAUUCCAAUAAAGCAAACGUCAAGAGAAACGGUCUACAAUGAUUUGCAAAUCCUUUUCAAGCUCUGUUCAAAGUUCAAAGUGAUGAAGGCGAUUGUUUUUUUGCGAAUUUUCUCUCCUUUUGAAUGUGAAGCCUGCAACACGGCGGCGUCGCUGCUGCAAUAUGGCGUCAUCGUUUUUGCACGGUAGAGAUUUAACUUGCAUUUGUAGAGUGUCUCAAGUGUUCCUGGGCCCUUGACGCGAUCCUGGAUUUUAUGGCAGUGCCGCCUGAGGGGUCGAAGGUCACGAGCAUUCCGUGUUGCUUUUGGGCCUUGCGGCUUACGUGCAGAGGUUUCUCCAGAUUUUCUGAACCUUUUGAUGAUAUUAUGGAGCGCGGAUGAUGAAAUCCUAAAUUCCUUGCAAUUGUACGUUGUUAAUCACGCUCUUCAUUUACAGUUGCAACUUACCGAGCACAGUAGAUCUAUAAACUAUAGGUACCUUUGAUAAAGCAAAGUAUUUCGAAAGCCUUUUAAAUUUCCAUAUCCAUCUGGUAAUCUUGAAAGGCUCAAUUGACUCAUCACACCUUCCACACUCGUGGGAACUUUCCAGAACGAGAGUGCAGUUAUUGACAGAGUGAAAUGAAACAAAAUGACAGUUAAUGUAGGAGCUAUGUCUAUUAAGGACAUACAGACCUGCAGUAAGUGCAAAAUAGAAACUUACAUGAGCUGCUAACUUAAUAGUCACCCAGUAGCUCGCCAUAAAAAGCUGAAAACACAAAACGACGAUUCUGUGAUGUCGCCAUUCGUCAGCGCUAGCUAACAAUGAGCAAGCGCUCUCCAACUCCUAGCUUGUAGCCUUUCCUGUCGGGGUCAUCGCCACAGCGAGUCCCUUGCACGAUUCGUUUGUCUGAUGUGAAAAACCAACCAUUUUUCUCUGGGCUUUCAUAAACCCAUGUCCCGAUUAACUUCACGAACGUGUUUUUAAUAAAACACUUUCACAUGAAAUGACUCAACAAUACCGAGUGCCUAUGGGUGUUUGUUUGACGGCGGGCCUUUUUGUGUUCUUGAUGUAAAAUUGAAAGAGAGAAAAAUCGAAAUCGUUUUUUCAAUAACCAGCAGUGGGCGUGCUGUCUAAAAUUGCAUGUUAAUAUUGGUAUAUUUUGACACUUUCUUGGAGCGGUUUUAUGGUGGUAUUUGUCCCUACACGGGGUUUGGAUAGAUGAAGCUCGAGCUGCUAUAACGGUGUAAU